AUGUCGCAACAAUGGGAUUCUGCUCUCGAACAAGCCCAGGCCAGUGAAGAAGUGGUCCAGUCUACUGGAGAGCAAGAGAAACAACCGCAAACAACAGGGGCGCCCGAUCCUAGAGCAGAUAAUACCAACACCAAAUCAUCCAACAACGAUGGAGAUGACGGCGACGACACAAAUGACCACAAGGAUGAUCCAGGUCAAAAUCCUUUAUAUGAACUGCUUUUGAAUGCAGAACAUGACGAUGACGCCAUGGACAAGCUGAAAAGCAACUGGGACCAGUUGAGGAAGAUGGUCAACACUCCUUGCCCAAGUGCCGAAAACAAGACCGCUCUCCACCUUGCAGCAGAAAAUGGUUUUGGAAAAGUGGUCGAGAAAUUGCUUGGAGGAGGCGCUGGCAUUUCCGUGAGCGACGAUGACGGAUGGAAACCGCUGCAUUUCGCAUGCUUGAAGGGACGCAAAGAAGUGGUUGAGACGUUACUGCGCUCUGGAGCCGACCCCAAAGCCACGAGCAAAGACGGGAGAAGUCCUCUUGAUAUGGCUAGCAUGUACGGCAAGGUAGAGGUAGCUGGGACCCUGCUCGAAAAAGAUCCCAGCCUUCUCAAUCAAAGGUCAACAGCCCUCGGCUGGCCCCCCCUGCACUGGGCCACUUGGCGGGACAGUACAAAGAUGGUCACUUUCCUUCUCGGAAAGGGGGCAGAUAUUGAUGCGAAGGACGACGAUGGCUGGACGCCGUUGAUGGUGGCGGUGAAAUCCAGAAAUGAGAAGAUGAUGGAUACAUUGAUCGAGCACAUCCAAGGAUUGAAAGAGCCAAACACAUCCCAUCACCUUGACGUCUGCGACGAGGAACAGAAAACGCCGCUCAUGGUCGCGUGUGAGGAUUGCUUCGAGAAGGGCGUCAAGGCCCUAUGCAAAGCCGAUGCCAGUGGCGAUGCCCAAGACUGUGCUGGACGGACAGCCCUGCACUACGCUGUCGAGUCCGGUCAGCUCGUUAUUAUCGAAACUCUCACCAAUUAUACGGAUCCCAAAGUUCUUCUGAUGGCAGACCACAAUGGAGCGUCUGCAUUUGAUGACCUCGAACUCGACUUGAGAGCCGGCGAACAAGGUCCGCUUGGCGCUUUUGCGAGCCUCUUACUCGACCGUCUUAUCAAGGAGAAGAUGCAGAGGGAAGCUCUAGGAUGGGCUGCACAAAACACCAAACGACACAAGAUAUUUCAAAUGCUAGUGACAAGCCUGGUGCCGGAGAAUGUCUUUGACCAGGCCAGCGCCGAGAGACCGAGCGCAUUUGAGUGGGCAGUUCGCUCACGGCUGCCCUGGGCACUCGGGUUGCUCGUCGACAACUUCCCCGCGACAGAGGGCCUUGGUCCUAUCACAAAAGCUGAAAGGCUCGCAAAGGAAUUACGAGAGACCAAGCCAAAGAAGACGGAGGGCAAGAAGUCCACACCCAAGAAUCGCGGUGUUGAAUCUCAUAAGAGCAAGCCAGACCAUGAUAACCCGAUCCUACACGACAUGCAAAACUACCUCAACGACUUUACCCUAGCAGAGACCCACAGGCGAAGUUUGUUCAAACCGCCAAAGCCGCGAGACGGAGUGGAUGACGUUCUACCCAAAUUUCAGGCUACCAUCACCCAGUUCUUUACACGCCGAACUGGAGGCCAGCAGGGUAGAAUCAGAUGGAUCAAGCACUCGCGGUCGGUACAGGAAGUGAUUUACGGCCAAGGCCCAACAAGAAUUGCUCGGGACACAAUGAAUAGAUGGUUUAGCCAUCCCUGGGCCGAGUCCAAGGGCUCUUCUGCUCAACAGGACGAUGAGACACGGCUCAAAUGGGUUCACCUGCCAGUGACUAAUAUUGUUUGGAUGGAGGAUCUUGUGAAAAGGGUCUUGAAAGGGGCUAAAUGUUCUCCUGAAGAGACUCAGAGCCUUGCCUCAUUCUUCCGCAGCAGCUGGGUUCAAGUUCCCGAUGGGACAUCUGCUUCACGAUUCAUGAGGCCUUUAUACGUAGCCAAGCGGGGCGACGAACAUGACACCGAGCCAACCAAGGAAAGCCAUGGACCGAGACCACUCAGGGCCUCGGCGGCCUAUUUUCCGUAUCUUUCCUUCUCCAAGAACGUUGUCGUCAAGGACUCGGACGAAUCGAGGCAGAGAGAGGCUUCAUACAAGGAGCUUCUGGAGGUCUACAAAGAAGAUGCUCUCCAUCAAUCUGCUACUCUAGAUGAGGCAUAUUAUCAUUUUGCGUCAGACUCAGCCUCUAAAGAAGAACAAGAUGUCCGCAACAAGACACAGGUUGUCACGGAAUACUUGAGGGGGGGAGAAGGAGAAUCUCUCAACGCCUGGACUCUCAUACGAGUCAAGCAACUUUGGAUUUGGACCAUCCUGGAUGAAUGGAUUAUCACUGCCACACCGCAUCCCAUCGAUGGAACCCAAGAGGAUGACUUGCCAAAGGACUUUUUGAAUCAUCCUUCGACACAGGAGAGGGUCGGAGAGGCAUCACCUCAGUUGACCUUGGCAGCUCACAUAGCCACCCUCAUUGCCAACUAUUGUGUGGAUGCGUACGAGAGGAAGCGAGUCAGUCCCGAGGGGGGCAUUGCGCAGCACAACGACAGCUCAAGUUCCAGGAGCCAGGACGUGAGAAAAGAGCGUUCCACUCGUUCCAUUCGCCAGAUUUUCUCCGACUCUGUCAAUCUCAUUGCCAGAAAAGAGAAGAAAUUGUUCGAAAACUUUCACAAAUUGUGCGGUCGCGGCAAGCCUGAAACAACACCCUCUCAUAAUGACCGGACGAGAUACGCGAUAACGGGAAAGAUUCAUCAACCGAGGAAAGACGCACCUGAUGAAGCAACUGAUGAAGCAAAGUCACUGACAACAGAUGACGCUGACGAUCUGGAAACGGUUCUCACAAACGCCUCAGAGUUGGCUUGUUCUGUCAAAGACAUCCGCGAUGAACUCAACAUUCUACGGAGCAUUGUUAAUUUUCAGCUGACAGUUCAAGAGGACAUGGCUGGCAACCCUGAAAGUUCUACUGGCAUCACAGCACACUACUUCUGGAAAGACAUUGAGGAGUUGGAAAAUGUCGCCAGGCGAGUACAGGAGAGCGUAAAUACGACUCUGAACCUGGUUGAGACCGAAACGGCGAACGAACAGUCUCGACAAGCUGCGAGACAAGGAAGGACCAUGUUGGUCUUUACCGUCGUCACCAUUCUGUUCCUACCACUUUCCUUCCUUUCAUCGCUUUUCGCAUUGGAUGUCACAUCCUUUCAACAGGCCCCCAACUGGGCCCUCAUCGUCAUUUUUCUUGCUUCCUUCACAUUUUUCAUUCCCGUGGCCUCUAUUGCCCUGUUUUCAGAGAGUGUUGCCAGGCGAUGGCACAAGUGCUGGGACUACUGGAACGAGCACGUAAAGCCACGGAAGAUCAAGACAAACGAAUGUAGUGUUUGA